UUUUGGUUAAGUGCAACGUUCAGUUCUGCACGUACAGCUCCGCGCGGGUUCACGUCAGCUGUGAGCGGACACUGUAUGUUCACCACAUGAAUAUGAAAAUGGAGAAGUAGGACGAUGGCUGCGAAGAGUUAACAGUGUUUUCUUUUUAUUCUUUUUGUAUUGAGCAGACAGUUGGAUUUGUUCUUUGCAUCGUUUAAAUAAAUUGAUCGAUUUGCAGGAGCAAACUGCAUUUUGCUGGCGCACAUCUCCGUUUAUUGGCCCAAAGCUGGACAGUGUCACUUCUGACGCAGCCGGACCACCUAUCCGAGAGCGGGGUACUGACACCUGACUGCUCCAUCUCACACGCCGGUCUUUGCCACUUGGGCUCUGCAGUGCUGGAUCUGCUGCGUUUUAUGGAAGAGGAGCCUUCGCAUACUAUCGUGGUCAUGCUGCCCCCAAAGAACUGCCUGCCCAGGAACUACAGCUGCAUAGCCGGACUGUUCGGAAGUCUGGCAGCGGCGAACCCGAGGCUUGAAGAUGGGGAAGAUUUGGACAGGAUGAACGGUACUUGUGAGCCCAUCGAGAGCCCCGUGGUGGAUGAGAGACCGCGGGGCAGAGAGGUCUUCCUAAAGCCUCCACAGAGUCCAAAUCUGCGUCGGAGGUGCAAGUCGCUGCCCACACCUACCGAGAGAGCAAAGUUAGAGAUCUCCCGCAGCAGAAGUCCAACCAUUCAGAAAAAGGUCCGCUUCGCCGACUCCCUGGGCCUGGAGCUCAUUUCAGUGAAGCACUUCGAUGAUACGGAUGAGCCAGAGGUGCCAGAGCGCAUACUGGCAAAACUACCCAAAGGACCCUUCAACCUUAACAGCCUGGAAACUAAAUUCCCACGCCCCCCUUCGCAGUCUUUGUUCAUGGAGUUGCAGUUCACCAACCCAGGAACUCUACCCGGCUUUGAGCAGAAAGUGAGGGAGGUGAAAGUCAUGUUGGAGAGCGUUGAGGCAGACGAAUUCAGCCUGUCCGGGUUUGUGCGCGUCUUGAAUCUGGCUUUCGAAAAGAGCGUCUUUUUGCGGUAUUCUCUAAAUAACUGGAUAACAUUUAUGGACAGUUUGGCGUUAUAUGUUCCGAGCUCCAGCGACGGUGUCACCGAUAAGUUCCGCUUCAAGAUAGUCAUGCCCACCUACCUCGACAGCGGAGGCACUUUGCAGUUUGCAAUUAAAUACUGUGUCGGCGGGGAAGAGUACUGGGACAAUAAUAAUGGGAACAACUACAAAGUGAGGCGCCACCGGUUCAAGAUGUCCCCACCGCGGGAGUGGGAGAAUGGAUGGAUUCACUUUAUCUGAGCUCUGCGUAAUUUGCGCGUAACUGAUCCCCGAGUACCUUAAUUGAGACUGUAGCCUGUUAAACAUGAUUUUUUUUCUGCCAUUGUCAACUACACACAUGCUGUCCCACAAUAAUCCAAAUAUUUGGUUACAGAUUAAGUGUACUGUUUGAGCCCCUGAUGGGUGCCUGGUGUGGGAUGCUGUACGGCUUGGUGCCCUUUGGGAGGGCAUGUUCAUGUUAUGUAAUGUAGAAACACGUGCAACGGAAAACGUGCCGGGCAAUGCCGGCUUCAGGCAUCAGUGCCUCACUGAGAUGCUGUGAAAUUAUUUGGUAGUGUGGGAAUGUUUAAGUUAGCAGUUUUGCACGUGUGCAAAAAACGUUGAUUUAUGGGAUGCAGAAAGCAACACGUUUGGCUGAUAGUGAUGCCAAGCGAAUCUAUUGUAGCAUACUCCUCAAGUGGUCUCCUGCAGGCUGGUGGAGGGGGAAACAUACACACGUCAUACUGAGAUGACAGACUGAAAUAUGUGGCAGGUUUUUUCAUUCAAAAAAAUAUCAAUGUUUAAUUUCCCACUGUUGUGAAAGAAUGCCUUAUUAUAAUCUAUGUGGGACAUUGGGCAUUGAAUUCCGUACAGUAUUUUCUUCAUUAGGCAUGAAUGCAAAGCAUCAAUAUGCUUAUACUUAUACUUAAAAUAAGACCCACAGGCACCGAUUGAACUAGUUAAUGUCCAUACACCUCUAGGCUUCCGAUCCUUGGACAUAAACCUGCCUUUUAGCCAUAUAUUUCAAUGCCCAUUGUAUAUUUUGUGCUGCAUUAAUGUAAAAAAACAGUAUUUUGCUAUAUUCAAAAAUCAAUAGGGCCUCAUCAAAGUCUAAAGACAAUGAACUCUAGAAAUCAGUUUUCUCUAGGGAACAAAUGUCCCAAAAUUAUAACGGCAUCAUGCAUAUUCCAUCAAACCAUAAAGGCUAUGUUUCUAAAGAAUGGACUUCAACACUCUCAUGCUGUACUGUGACAGAAAGGUUUUUUGUUUCUCAAUGAACAGCAUGGUUGUUAUCAACCCCAAGGAAAAAUAAAGUUAGUAACCGUUUGCAAGGUUCAAUUUACCUCAGAUUACUUCAGGUUGAUCAUUAUAAGACAGAUGAUAUUUUCACAGUAAUUCUUUUUUAACAGAUAGAGAAAAGUAUUAUUGUACAUUUCGAUUUAAAACACAAUGUUUAGUCAUUUCUUGUGUUCUUAAUUACACUGUGAAACUCCUGUUUUUCAUAGGGCGGUGUUGUCUGUUGACAGAGUAGCUAUUACACUGUGUUUAACCAGUUUCUAUCCUCAGUCACCAGUGUGCAAACGUAGUGUUGCUCUUUACACCACACAUGACCAAAGUGGUUUGAACCACCUGACAUUUCCACCCUUAGAUGACAAACUGUUGUCUGAUUGCUUCAUCUCUGUACCACAAGCCUUGAUUGAUGUUAUAUCUGGCCUCUCCACACAGCAGCUAAUGUUACAUCCAUAGGCCUUGUAUUAAUUCACUGGCGAGUAGUCUUCCAAACCCGCUCCUCUUCUAUUUGUGGUCACGUGUUUAGUUAUUAUACAAACAGAUUUGCAUGUCACAGGCAAGACUUUACGUAAAUCAAAUAUUCAUCAGGUGUUUUUUGUUUGUAUAAUAUUAUUAGUGUUUGUUGACAUGCAGAAAGUUGAGACUCCAGUUCAUAAAGUAGAGAAAUAAUAGACAGGGGGCUUUUGAUUCCAGUGCUCUGACUGUAAUCUGAACAUUACUUUACCUUUUGUUUACAUCAUCAUGGCCUCAAAGGGAAGCUUUCCAUUUAAUAGGCCAUCAGGUUGGAAUGUAGAUAAAGACUAUUCCUGUAACCACUUAGGUUUUGGAGCAGCUCCACUGUGAAUCCAUCAGCAAUGUUUGUCUCUAAAUCUGAACAUAGUUUGUGUUGAACUCAGAAUAGAACUUUUGCUAAAUGGUGAGAUGGCCGACACUGAAUUGACAUUUACUUCUUCUUUUUUUUUGUUUGCUUGUUUUACUACUUUUACCUUCAUCAUGUUCAGAGCUGCAUUUCUGUCACCUGUUUAUUUACUUACACUGUGAAUUUUAAGGGUCUGGCCAUGGCAGAGCUUACUGUGUGUUAUAUUGUUAACUCUCUGGCAUAUUGUCUGCUUUGGUCUGUGCAAAUCUUGUUCAUGCUGUGCAGUACAGAAACUACUUUACUACUGAUGUGAAUACAGAGAGAUGCAUCAAUACCAAUCAGUCACUGCCAAAGCAGAUUGCGUUUUUUGACUAGAUUUGCUCUGUUUAUUCAAGAAUGGAUUGGGAUUGUGUGACACAACUGACCAUCUGAAUAUGAGGCUUUUUCCAUCUUCUAUUACACACAAUUGGUGUUAUUGGUGCAUCCCUGACAUAAAGAAAAGGAAGGGCUUCUGGUCUGUUUAGAUUUUCAGCUCAAUGUAUACGUAACAUUUUGCAUCAGAACUCAAAGAUAUAUACUGUAGAUGUGUAUGUAUGUAUGUGUUACUGCUUCAUAUUGAAUGUCUUCCUAUUACUGUUUCUAUGUUGUGUGUAUUUUGACGCAUCUUAAAAGCAGAAUUGAGAGAUGUGGAUGGUAAAAGUUUGUUAUCCUGUAAAGUUAGGAGAUAAGAUGAGCCCAAACUUAAUUCCUAAAGCACACUUACUUUUAGAUUUAAUAAUUAAGUCUUUCUUCAAGAUCCUCUAAAAUAAGGCUGCUAGUUAAAUUACCACUAACCGUAAUCAUUUGUCUCAAAAUGAUGUUGAAUGAUAUAUGAGUGAGACAUUGCAGAAUUUUCCCUGAAAUGUACAACCAUGCAAGGGUGCUUCUGAAUGCAAUGAAUAUAUUGGAAACCCCCUGUGCACAAUUAUAGGUGGAGACUGCCUUACUGAAAAGGCAUGAAGCAAAGCUGGAAGAAAGCAAGUGCUUGUUUGUCAAGAAAUGAUGUGAUUGCAAAUGGAUGGAAAAAUGUGGACUGAAACAUGCAGCAAAGGCACGAGAUGCACUUUGGCGUUUGAUAACUUUUAUUAUGAGCGACUUAUGAUUGUAGCAGACGGAAUCAAAGCAGGUUUAAUGCACUGUGAGUGAGAAUAAGGGAAGAGGCAGGGUUGCAAGUUACUAUGUAUGAAAGCUUCUCCUGUGAAUAGCUACUAACCAAGAUGUUUUCCAUGCUUUCUCCUAUUUUACUCCUUAUUUCUGUCACUGUGGGAAGCCUAAUUCACUUCUGUCUUAUUUAUAACCAUUGUAUGGCACUGGAUUUUUUUGGGUUUGUAAAUUCUAUGCAGCCCCCUUUGUGUUGUAACAUCUGCAGUCCUAUGACUGUGUUAAUCUGUACUGUGUCUUUUUUUCUCUUUUUGCAGUGAAUGUUAUUCAUCUUUGCAUGACAGCUGUAACAUACCUUUAUUUUUAUGUUUGGUUUUUAAUGUAACUUAUAUUUUGUUAAAACAGUGGUUAAUAAAGGCAUUUAUGAU